AUGGCAAGUCAGCCUACGUCAGCUCGCUGCUUCGACCUGCAAACAUUCAGGGUCCAGGGGGUCUUCCAGUAUUGCGUUGUCGCCGGCGGCUGGCAGCAAGACACGCAUGUCAAACCAGCAGCCGAGACCUCGGAGGUGCGGGGCGUCUCGCAGGUCUUUGCGCAUCCUGCGUUCAGCCAAGAGACCCCGUUUGACAGCGAUUUCGCGUUACUUCAACUGGAUCGACCUGUACCAGAGACCAGCUGCAUUGGACCUGCUUGCCUGCCGAGUGACGACUUCGAGGGUGUCGGGAGCAUGUGCGAGAUCACUGGCUGGGGCAUGCAGCAGUCGGGGGGUGACAUGCCCAGCAUCCUCCAGCAAGCCGUCGUGACCACCGUCGCGCACGACCGUUGUGAGGCGAAUUACGCGAAAGCCAACAGGACGGUCACGAACUCCAUGAUUUGUGCUGCUGGCACAUCUGGGGGAGGAGUUGUGGAUGCAUGCCAAGGAGAUAGCGGUGGCCCACUUGUCUGUUUGCACCGCGAUCGAUUUGUCGUUGUCGGGGUGACCUCUUGGGGUCUGGGAUGCGGUGACGCGCACUACCCAGGGGUCUACUCUCGCGUGACGGCUGGCUUGGACUGGAUCCGCGACGUUCUGGCCGGCCGACUGAGGAGUCCUGACCGGGGCCGACCAGAAGUUGACUUCAAAGGGCACAUGUGGGCAGUGGUGGCUGGCCCCUGCGGCAUCGACCAGGACGGCUGCAUCCAUAGUUCCGGCUUCCCGAGCCAAUACCAGAGCUUGGAGAAGUGCAGGAUUGCCGUGAAUGUCUCCGCAGCUCUGCCGAUUCGUGUGCAAUCAUUCGCGACGGAAGGGCCCUACGACCAUCUGGAGGUCAAUUGCGUUCCUUACUCCGGAAGGCAAGGGCCCCAAGGCAUCGUGCCGAACGCAGAUAUCUUUUGGCUCUCCGACGGUACCCUACAGGACACCGGCUGGAAGCUUUGCCCGGACACGCCGCGUCUCAUUUGA